AUGGCACAAGAAGACUUGGGUGCGUUCCAAAGCUUUCCUGACAACAGCCCCCACGAGGGGCCGUUGUCAGAGAUCAGGGAGCAGACUGAGCACGGUGAACAACCGGAAAACACACAGGCAAGCCAACAGGCACAUCGUCCCCGCGUCGCCCGACUCUCCAAGGCACAACGAAGGAACCUCCGUCGGAAGCGAGCCGCCAAGGAGACGGAGUCCAUGUCUCUACCAGUUCCUAUCAGCCAAGAUCAGCCAGAAGAGGCACCCCUGCCGUCGGGGUGGACUCGAACGAGGGUUGAAGGGGCCAAAGAACUGCCCCUCAACAGACGCAAGAGAAAGCUUGCGAUUCGACGCUCGGUAAUGCGAGAUCGAGCGCAGGUACCUGCGGGCGCCUCGAGAGAGACUGGCGAGUUGAGCCGAGAGGACGUCGACAAUGAAGUCCAAGAACGGUCGAUGAGGGCGCGGAUCCAACCUCACGGAUUUGCCAGGCAGGUCCAAGGCCAAGGCAUGACGACCGCACUGGCGGACUUUGGCAAGAACGAGGGCGCUCGGUUGCAAAGUGCCUUUCAAGCCGCCAACGAGCAGCGGUGGAAAUCUCUGGGGUCCGAAGUCACCGACGAGGACAAGAUGGAUUCAAUCACCAAAGGUUCGUCAUUACCUUUCGCGCCCUUGUCGACGUCGUCGCUAACGUUUUCGCUCAUCGAUAGGGCUCGAGGACUCCCUAUGAUUUGA